AUGGGUCAGACACAGAGUGGCACAGAUAAAGAGGUGACUCUUCAGAACAUCCAGGGACUCUACCGUAAGUUUGCGAGCGAAUGCCCAAGUGGAAAUCUGCACUUGCACGAAUUCAAGAGAAUCUUUGGAAUCAACAGCAACUCAACAGAAGAAGAAGCCGCAUUCAUGGACAAUGUGUUUCGAUCCUUUGAUACAAAUAAGGACGGUCAGAUAGACUUCAUGGAGUAUGUGGCGGCACUGCAUCUCGUCCUUCGUGGAAAACUAGAGGACAAACUGAAAUGGUCUUUUAAAGUUUAUGACCGAGAUGGAAACGGCUGUCUGGACCGACAGGAAGUGAAACACAUUGUCAAAAUCAUCUACGAGAUAAAGAAGCACAAUGAUCCGAGCAUCACGGGAAACAUUGAGGACAUCUGUGACAGAAUAUUUGAACUGGUGGACAAAAAUAAUGACUGUCAGAUUUCUUUGGAGGAAUUUAUCGAGGGGGCUGAAAAGGACCCGUGGGUGAUGGAUCAGCUCAAACUGGACAUCGGGCCUUGUGAUUGGUUCAUUGGACAGCAUGAGAAGAAUCCCUGA